UUAAUUCUUCCUCUUUUCAAAGUCUGAGGUUUGAACAUUCAUGAACAGUUGACUGUUUGAAUCGUAUAAUGCAAUACCUGUUCCUCUGGCUUAACGUUGCAAUAUUUCCCACACCGCAGGAUUGCUUCACAUUAUUCUAUGAGGCAGUGUCAUUUUCUCUGCAGUGUUGGUCUUUACUGAAACGAAGGACACUCCUACUUCCUUUAAUUAUAUGUUUUGUUUUAAAUUGAUGUCUUUUAUUCUGAGCAUGAAUCACCAGCUUGUAAACAGGUAAAUGUGGGAGUAAAAGGGAAAACAUAAGUUUGAUUCCCAAGGUGGGUGUCUUUAAUUAAAAUGGACAUAAAAAUUUAUUCUUAUUUCCCAGAUUUACCAUGGCCCCUCCAAGUCAAUUCUGCUUAAUAAAUUAAUAAAUCAUAGCAUCCCAUGCCUUUACAUAUAUAUAUCUCACUUUUUCCCAUUAAUUUUAAAUACAUCUCCCAGAGCACAAACUCCAUAGCACUUGUGUACUCUGAUAAUUGCAACAUACCAUAUAAGGUAAACAUACCAGGCCAAACUUUAAGGCCAUCGGCCCUGCACACAGAGGUCAGAUGGGGAGUUUUGGAUUUGUCUAGCACGUCUAAUCACGGCCAGAUACAGAAAGGGUCUUCUGAGGCAGUGUCUUACCCUGGUUUGAGCCCAACACAGUAUGCUUUUUACACCCACAGUGGCAACCUGGUUCUGAGUGCGUCUGUAUGGGACAAUUUUGCCUGCCAGCAUGAUAAAAUUCAUAGGGCACUGAAUUGGUAUUAAGAUCUGGCUUCUAUUCCUAGCGCCAGGGCUGUCUCUAGGGGAGUACGGGCCCAGGGUAGAAGUAACAAAUCCGUCACUUCUGGGACUGACCCGUCACUUAUGGGACCGACCACACCAGCCAAUUGCAUUGGCCUGCAGGGCCUACCAAAGCGUGGGGCCCGGAGUGGUCGCCCCAAUUCGCUGUACCCAAGGGAAGGCUCUGCCUGGCUUUACCUCUGACUGGAUGAGCUACCUUGAGUAAAUCACUUAACCUCUGUGCCGUAAUAUGUAAAAUGAGAAUAUUGACACUCUCCGGCCUUUGUACUACACUUUUAAGAACUACAGAUGAAAUAUACAGACAUAACAAGCCUCAGAGGCAAUGGAUCCAGCCCAUACUUGUCUCUAUUAGCCAAAUCUGGCCACUUGCUGUCCCCACAGCUGGACGCUGCUUAGUGGUUUGGGUUGGGGAAGGAGAAGAAAAGGGCUGAAAUCUGGGGAAGAAGGACAGGGGUGGAUCUGGUGGCUGCUUUUUCCUCCUCUCUGAGUACAGAUUGGAUCAGGCAGGGGAGAGACUCAAGGGUUUAUGCCCAGACUGGUACAUGGGCAGACGCAGUGUCCCACUGUGCAUGCAUUUGUGUCCAUGUCCUCGGGUCACACCAGGGUUGAUUACCAUCCAGUGACAUCUCCUGGAGAUUUGACAACAGCUGGAGAGAAGAAAGGAGAAGGCUGCGCUCCCUUUCUCCGACUCAGAUCUUUCCCUCCCUUUAAUGAUGGUGAGAAUAAGUCCCCUCUGCUCAGAAGCCAGCCCUGUUUUUCUUAUGAAUGACUAGGUCAGAGACACACACACCAAGUGCCUCCCGCGGAGCUAGAGGCGGUAGUUUACAAUUACAACUGUACAAAGUGUGCACCAGGUGGCAGCCAGCCAGCCAGUGACGUUCCUGUUGCCAUGGGAUCCACCGCCCCUAUAAAUAACAGCAAAGGAACUUUCCUAAGUCAGAGACUUUAGGACUCGGGACCUAGAACCAGAUGGUCCGGAGGAGAAGCAGCAGCCGUCCCCGCAGCAGGAUCUGAGCCAGCCCAGGUGGGCAGCACAGCUGGGAAGCCGGACCCAGCACUAGAGACUGAGGCAGGAGUUGCAGGCCCCCCACGUCACCUUUGGCAGCUUGGUCUUGUGGCUGGGGGGCCCCCCCUGCGCUGUCUCCUCCUCCCUGCACCCCCCCUUUGCUUUCAUGCAACGCCUGGUGGCCUGGGACCCAGCAUGCCUCCCCAUCCAGCCUCCCGCCUUUAAAUCCAUGGAAGUGGCUAAUUUCUAUUACGAGGCGGACUGUCUGGCUGCUCUGAGCAAGGUGCACCCGCGGGCGGCAGGGGGCCGCUCCAUGACUGAGUUCACCGUAGGGGACCACGAGAGAACCAUCGACAUCAGCCACUACCUGGACCCCUUAGCAUCUCAGCCGCCGCCGCCGCCGCAGCAGCCUCCUCCCGCAGCAGGAGCAGCAGCAGCAGCAGCAGGGGGCAACUUUGAGCCUCCCUGCAGCAGCAGCCAAGAUUUCCUCUCCGACCUCUUCUCCGAGGACUAUAAAGGCGGCAGCAAGAAGCCCGACUACACCUACAUCAGCCUGCCCAGGCACUGCCACCCGGGCGCCGGCCAGGGCCACAAGCCGGGGGGGCUGCUAACCUGCUUCCCGCCCCAGAUCGUGGAGACCAAAGUGGAGCCAGUCUUCGAGUCCCUGGACUCUUGCAAAGGGCCCCGUAAGGAAGAAGGGGGCGCGGGGCCGGGGGGCAUGUCCUCCCCCUACGGCAGCACCAUGCGCUCCUACCUCGGUUACCAAUCGGUGCCAAGCGGCAGCAGCGGCAACCUGUCCACGUCGUCCUCUUCCAGCCCCCCUGGUACCCCCAACCCGUCCGAUUCCUCCAAAUCCGGCGGCGGAGGCUACGCCGGGACCCCUGGGGGCAAGAACAAGUCCAAGAAGAGCGUGGACAAGCACAGCGACGAGUACAAGAUCCGCCGGGAGAGGAACAACAUCGCGGUGCGCAAGAGCCGGGACAAAGCCAAACUGCGCAACCUGGAGACGCAGCACAAAGUCUUGGAACUGACCGCCGAGAAUGAGCGGCUGCAAAAGAAAGUGGAGCAGCUCUCCCGGGAGCUGAGCACCCUCAGGAACUUGUUCAAACAGCUGCCCGAGCCCCUGCUGGCCACAUCUGGCCAUUGCUAGCCCCACCGCUGGACACUGCUAGAGCCGCAGUGGUUGGGGUGGGGGGAGAGAGAGGGGGGAGAAAGGGCUUGAAUUUGGGAAAGGAGGAUGGGGGGGGGAUUGGUGGCAGCUUUUCCCCUCCCCUAUGAGGACAGAUUGGAUCGGGCGGGGGAAGUAAUGGGGAGAGACUCAAGGUUUUCGUUUUUGUUGUUGUCUUCUAUUUGCAAUUUGGUGGAAGAAACUUCCGCCGCAGCCUGUUUGUCCUAGGAGAGGGACUCUCCCGGCGGGCGCCAGGGUCCUCAGCACCGUGUGGCGGAAUGACAGUUGCUGAUAGUAAUUUUUUUUUUUUAUGUUACAGUCCCACCGAGCCCCCCUUUCCCCGAAGCGGUCUCUCUGCAGAGUUUGUUGAAUGUUCGUGUUAUUUAAAACAGAGCGAGAGAGGGAGAGAAAAAGCAGAGAGUGAUGCAAUCCUUUAAACAUGGCUGGGAAUGCUGUGUACACAUGAUGCAAUCUCGUGUAACUGUCAGUCAUGAAUUGAGUAAUCUGUUAAAGAUGUUCCUGCGGGGUUUUUUUUAUUAUAAAGAAUAUUUCUAUAAGAAAAACACAUAUGUAUAUUUUGGGAUCUAUAAACGUUCUUGCUACAUUUGAA